AUGUCAUCUUUGGGAAAGGAUCAUGUUGUGGUCAAGCGUCUGUCUGAUACAAGAUGGUCGGCACAUUUUGAUGCUGUCACUGCUCUGCAUGGAGGUUUCGAGAAAAUUCAAGAUGCACUGAAUGCUCUAUCAGCUGACACUGACCAGGAAGUGAACACAAGGCAUGAUGCAGAAAGAUUGAGCAAGAAAAUGGAGAAGCUGGAGACUAUCUUUCAGACAAUUCUUUGGAAUGACAGUCUCGAAAGAGUGAACAAAACAAGUAAGGCUCUGCAAUCAAAAGAUGUGGACAUACUUGUAGCUGUGAAUCAUCUCAAGUCUCUGAAAACGUAUCUUCAGGAAAUUAGAGACAAAUUCAGUGAAUAUGAACUGAAGGCCAAGAGUAGGUGUCUAGAUUCAGAUUAUAGCGAUGCAAACAAGAGUGAACGAAAGCAAAGUGUACUUCUUACUAGAUAUGAUGGAUCAGCGGAAAAGAUACUUCUGCACAAAAGUGAAAAAUUUAAAGUGGAAACAUUCCUCCCUAUUCUGGACUCUCUGAACUCUGACCUGACAAAACGUGCAGAAGCCUACCAAUGGAUUGGAAAUCUGUUUUCCUUCUUUGGUCAAUUGAAAACAAUUGAUUCUGAUGAGCUAAACAAAAAGUGUGAAAAAUUGGCCAAUGUGUACCACAAAGACCUUGAUUAUGGUGAACUUCUAAAUGAAUGCAAGCAGCUCAAGCACUACAUGGACCACGAUGAAGAAUGUGAGACUCCCCCUGCAGUGUACAGUAAAUUCAUUUCAGAUAACUUGAUAUCUGUGUUUCUCAAUGUUGAAAUCGCACUCAGAGUGUUCAUGUGCAUGAUGGUGACCAACUGUAGGGGGGGGGAACGCUCAUUUUUCAAGAUUGAAACUAACAAGAAUCAGCUUCGCAGCACAAUGGGACAGCAGCGUUUGAACUAG